AUGGCCCUUAAGCUCAUCCACCACGAUUCUAUUCAUUCUCCAUAUUACAAUCCCAACGCCACUAUUUCUGAGCUAGCUGAACGUGCUAUUAAUGGUUCGCUCGCCCGCAUCCAAUACAUGAGCAAAAUAAUUUCUCCUCCAAAUGAUGAGGACGCUCGUUCCCGUCUUGUCCCGGCCAUUAAAGCAUACGGGUUCUUCGCCAAUAUAUCCAUCGGUACGCCGCCAGUCCCACAACUCUUGAUGAUCGACACGGCAAGCAACCUCCUUUGGGGCAGCUGUGAUCCUAAGAACGAGUAUUGCAAUUUCAAGAAAUCGUAUCUUGAUGGGACCUCCACAGCCAGUAACCUCGCCUCUGAACAAGCGACCUUUGAGACAUCCGACGAGGGCACGGUAAAGGUACCGAUUGAGGUGCUCGGAUGCAGCCACGUGAGUACACUCCCCGUGGAUGGACAAGAAAGCGGGAUAUUAGGACUAAGCUAUGGUGCUGGUAAUUUGCCAACUCUGGUCAAACAAUUAGGAUCCAAGUUUUCCUAUUGCAUCGGCAACAUAUACGACCCCCAUUAUCAGUACAAUCAACUCAUCUUGGGAGACGGGGCGAUCCUGGAAGGCGAUUCUACGACCCUGCAGACCGAUAAGGGUUUCUACUUUCUGGACCUCGAAGGCAUCAGCGUCGGAGAGAAGAAGCUGCCGAUCGACCCCUCAACAUUCAAAAGAAGGGCUCUCGGCGAGGGAGGAGUGAUUAUAGACUCGGGAGCCACCUUCACGUUCUUGAAGGAAGAGGGGUACGUUCCACUCCGAAACGAGGUCGAGAGUUUGAUGGCCGGAAUUCUGAAUAGGGCGGCGAGUCUUCCGAAGUUCUUGUGCUACACGGGGAGCAUGGAGAGAGACUUGACCGGAUUCCCGGUGGUCACCUUGCUUUUCUCAGGCGGCGCGCAGCUCAGCUUAGACACCAACAGCAUGUUCUUCCAAUUAACGACAAACGUCUUGUGCAUGACCAUCCUUUCGGUAACUCCCGCAAUGAAGGGCGUAUCCACGAUUGGAGUGCUGGCGCAGCAGUCCUAUAAUGUAGGGUACGACAUCAAACAGGGCAAGAUUUUCUUCCAGAGGAUUGAUUGUAGUGUUCUCGAAUCAAUUGUAUGA